CUACACAGAAGAAAAGCGUUAAACAUGAGCGGACGCGGCAAGACCGGAGGCAAAGCCAGAGCUAAGGCCAAGACCCGCUCGUCCCGUGCUGGACUGCAGUUCCCCGUGGGCCGUGUGCACAGGCUGCUGCGCAAAGGCAACUAUGCUGAGCGCGUUGGUGCCGGCGCCCCCGUCUACCUGGCGGCCGUGCUCGAGUACCUGACCGCUGAGAUCCUCGAGUUGGCCGGCAACGCUGCCCGCGACAACAAGAAGACUCGCAUCAUCCCCCGACACCUGCAGCUGGCUGUGCGCAACGACGAGGAGCUCAACAAGCUGCUCGGCGGAGUCACCAUCGCUCAGGGUGGCGUGCUGCCCAACAUCCAGGCCGUGCUGCUGCCCAAGAAGACCGAGAAGCCCGUCAAGGCCAAGUAAACGCAGCACCGGACAAACUACUUGCUCUGCCUACCUGCUACAAACAAAGGCUCUUUUAAG